AUGUCUUCCUUACCAUAUUACUGUGUCCUCGGACCCAUUGCAGGGACUGCCGCUGCUGUUUUAUGCGGUGGAGUUUGCCCGCAUCAUGCGGUGGUGCCGCCGCAUCACUGCGUGAUAACCGCCCAUGUGGAGAAGAAGGCACCAUUACUUGCCAGUACUUAUUACCACGUAGCGAUUGACGAACGUGAUUAUACCACCGCACGGUCGGUAGGCAUUAUACACGAGCGGGAGCGUAAUGAUAUUCAGGCCGCCCGCGCCAGCUGGACGCCGCUUUUCAAAAUACUGAAAAAAAAAAUUGAAAAAUCGACUUGUGGAUCGGAUGACUUUGAUCGUUUAUCCGCAGUUAUUGUGAUCGAUGAUGAUUAUUCAGAAGCAUCUGUUGUUAAAGAUGAUUUCAAUCAAUAUUCUGGUAUUUAUGAACCAAAACCAAAAAAAAUUAAGAUUGUAACAAAUACUGAAGAUAUGAGCAAGAAAUUAAAUGAAAAUUAUAUAAAAGCAAGUAAUCAAUCAAACAUACCCGUAAUAUCUUCAAAAAAUAAACAUGAAAAAGUAGGAUCCCAAUUAGAAAAUCUCAAAAAAGAAAUUUCCAAAAAAAUAUUUAGCAAUUCGUUAGAUGAUAACGUUCGUGGACUAGUAGGCGUUGAGUAUGUUGUUAAAAUUUUAGGUAAAUCCAUCGUCGGCCAGCCAAAGUACGAAUGCGCUCUGUGUGAACUUUUUAUGGAUGGAUUAUGUAUGCAAAAUCAUUUAAUUGAUUAUAAACAUCGCCUUAAGUUCUGUGAAAAGCAAUAUCGCCAAUAUCUACGCCAUGUUUCGCUUAAAAAAAAAGAUAAAGUAAUGGCAUUAAUUUUAAAUAGAUUAGCUAUUGAACAGCACCAUGGUCGAUAUUUACCGUACCAAUGCCUUGAAACUGAAUUUAAUAUAAAUAGACAUGAGAUUUUGUCUAAAGUUUAUUCAUCUCGUCAUGCUUCAGAACAAUAUGGACCUACUUUUACACAAAUUUUUGAUGCGAAAGAGGUGGAUAAACUAACAGAUGAAAUUAAUAACGACAAGCCGACCAUAAAUAAAGGAAAAAAUAUUUAACUUAAUUUUGAUGCCAAUGCAACUUCAUUACAUACUCGGUCACAUAUGAAACUAAGAGAAGUUUAUAGUUCAAGUACCGACAUGUGCAGCAGGUACAAAAUUCCAUCUUUACAUUCAGCAAAGCAGAGAUACUACGAUGAAUAUCUGAAGAUAAAAUUCUAGAUAAUGGGAAUCGCAGAAAUAUAAGUAGUUCAUCACGACCAAAUUUCAAGAAUUUCAAGCCAACUCAAUUGCUUUCGAGAUCGAUUCCAUCUGUGCCGAAUUGAGUUCACAGCGAAAAUUGUUUUCUCAAUUACACGAAAACGUCAUAUAGAAAGUUUAUUGGUACUUAAUUAAGCAAAAAAUAAUGGAUUUAAAUAAGGUAUUUCAAAUAUAUCGAGCUGAUCCUGACACACAUCCAUCUUAUGAUUAUGAGUGGCAAAUGUUUUGGAGGCGAUGUAAAAAUAAGUUAAUCGAUGCUGGCUUAGAUUAUCAGACAUAUGAUUAUCAACCAGAAUGGGCAAGGUUUUUUUAAAUCCGCAUUGAGGAGAUAUAUAACCAAGCUGUAGAUAAAAUUAAAUUUAAUGUUCUGAAAAGUCUGUACUUAUCACUGGCAAAUGAAAAUUUUGUCAAUGAAAGAUACUUUGAAAAAUCUCAAUUAUUUUCCGUGCUUCGCUUGUUAACAGCUUUAGAAACGUAUUUGGGUAGUUUAAGUCCGAAAAUUGUUGAACUGUUAUCUAUGGCUCUUUAAGCAGAGAAAAGUUCUCCAUCGGACUUCUAUACUAUAAUAUUGAGCACAGAAAAUUGUACUCUAUUAGAAACUACAAUGGAGAAAUUGAAAGGUAUCGUUGCUGCUGGUAUUAUAAAAAAUUCCAAACAUCUAUCAACUCUACGGAAAGCUAUAGAUGAAAUAAAAUUGUUGUUACUCCAAACUUGUAAGUUGAAUACAAAAGUAUUGAAUUUUGACAACUGUGCCUUCAAAGCAUUAAAAAUGAAUGAAAAUAUUCCAAAUGGUUCUCAGCUGUUUAACAAUAAUCUUGCUCAAGAAGAAAACAAAGAGUUUGCAUAUCAAUUGGCUAGAUUACUUGCGGCUCAAGGAAAAAGCGAAAUUGAUCCUGCACAGCUUAAAAAAAUUAUAUGUAUAUGUUUAUUGAAAAUAAAAAGCACGAGUCUUUAGAUAUACAAUUAAAUAAAUUAAGGUCAAAGGAAAAAUAUUUCAAGCAAUUAUAAAGUGUCCGGAAAUUAUGAAAAAGUGCUUGCACAACACAAUAUUUAAUCAAAAUAUCAUGUCUACAGACACUAAUAAACUUCAAUGAAACGCCAAGUUGUAAUUCAAAUGGAAGCUUAUGGGUGUAACACCUUGCGGUAGAAGCAAUUUAAGCUAAGACAGAAAUAUAAAGUUUCAAAAAAGAAUGAUCAUACUCAUUAAGUUAUGAUUGUCUCACUGGGGAAAAAACAGACUAGAUUCAAAACACUUCAAACAAUUUAAUUCGAAUGCAUAGAACUUAGAUUGGAGACAAUUUAGAAGACUUAUGCACAUGUGAAUUAUAUAGUCCAACGAAAAUAAUGUAUAUUGAAAUUUAUUUAUGUGUAAGCGGUUGUUUUUUCAACAAGUAAUUUAUGCCAAAUAUUCACAAAAGUAUUAUAAGAUAGGUUUGGGAUUUUAGGUAAUUUAUUAAUAAUCUAAAGAAAAAUUUUGCAUCCUGAAGGAACUACUGUUUACUAAAAAAAUAUUUGUAUUACAUUUUAAUUUUAUAAUGAUAAUCAAUUUGAUACACGAAUAAGCACGUUAGGACUAAAUUUGUGUGUUCAUAGAAACAAUUCAGUAACUAUUCACGUGGAAUAUUAACUAGUUUCUGAUUCGUAAAAAUGUGCACUUAAACUGUAAAUAUAUAAUAUGGUUUAAAAUUAGUAUCUUUUGAUAAUUAGUAAAUCAAAAAUCUAAUAGGUAUUUCGCUAAACUUUUAUUAAGUUAGUUCAAAUUCUUGCUAUCGUGAUGAUCAGAGUUUAUAAAUUUUCCUAUAGGAAUAUAUAGAAGAUGAUGCCUUCUGAUAUUCCGCAGUCUUUAACUUUUCGCAUGUUUUUUUGUUUUAAUUUUGAACAGUUUAAUUACAGGAAAUAAAUAGAAAAAUUUGAGUUUUCCAAUAUCAUUAGUACCGUUUGCAUUUUUAAAAUUCUGUUUUGUAAUGGAAUUUCAAAUAAAUUUGGCCUAUUAAGAAAAAACUGCUUAUUAUUAAAAUUAUUAAAAAAUAUUUAAGACGAUUUUAUAUUAUAUCUUUUUAUUAAAUCUCUGUCCUGUUGAUAUUUAUGCAUUCAAAUGAACUUCAGUAAUCUUUUCUCUCUCUUGGAACUGUACAUACAUAUAUGGUGGUUAAAGACCUACACCUUCUGUUAAAAAAAUGAUCUCCCCUUUUCAUCAUAGAUUAAUUACCAACCACUGUUCAUGUCUUUUAGUUUGCACAUUUUUAUAUAAAUUCUUUUAAAAAUAAAAAAAUGCGUAACUGAUGAAA